AUGCGGCGCGGUAUCCUCAUCUUUCUCCUCGUCAACCUCUUCGUCCUCUCUUUGCUCGUCCGCAGUGUCUCGACCCUUCUCUCCCUCCUAGUCAAAAAUUCCGCAGCAGACGCUAUUUACCACGCAGAACUCCCCUCCCUGAAUUCAAGCUUGAUUGAACAACGCCCCCACAUCAUCCCAAAGAUCAUUCACCAGACUUACAAGAAUGAGACAAUCCCCAAGGUCUGGGUUGAGGCGCAACAAAGUUGUAUCGACCUACACCCAGAUUAUGAAUAUAUCUCUCGCCACUUCAUCGCCGCUGAAUACCCCUGGUUCUUGGGCACCUUCGAUGGCUACAACCACCCCAUCCAGCACGCAGAUUCAAUUCGAUACUUCGUGCUAGCUCACUACGGAGGAAUCUACAUCGACCUAGACGAUGGCUGCAACCGCCGCUUGGAUCCCCUCCUCACUUACCCCGCGUGGGUACGCCGUACUGUACCAACAGGUAUCUCCAAUGACGCUAUGGGCUCCGUUCCCCAGCACCCUUUCUUCCUGCGAGUCAUCAAACUGCUGCAGCAGUAUGAUCGCCAUUGGCUCUUGCCUUACAUCACCGUCAUGUAUUCGACCGGUCCGCUCUUCUUGUCAGUUAUUUGGAAGGAGUAUAUGCACGAUAAACCGAGCGACGCGGACCAUGUUCGCAUCCUCAUGCAGGAUGGUUAUAGUCAGUUCUCGUGGAGCUUCUUUACCCACUACCAUGGAAAUAGUUGGCACGGCAAGGACGCGCAUUUGAUUUUCUGGAUGGGCCAACACUGGCUUUUUCUCGCUGUUUGCGGCUUCUGCAUCGCCGGUCUCGUUGGUUUCUGUCUGUGGUGGAGCUACCAUCGAAUUAUGCUCCUAGGAGCUAAAUACCGAUACCGCUACAUGAAAGUUCCGGCAAUUAUCGGUCCGCGACUGUCGACCUCUCCAACGCGCAGAUCGCGUUUUACUGUCCCCGCCAUCAUCCGCCGCGUCUUCAAAGAAGACGAGGGACUAGGCGGUAUCACGGAGGCUUCGUACGAAUUCAGCCGUUGGUGA